CAAAGUGGUUAUAAUGUAUAAGUUUUAAUAUUUUAAUGGUCGUAUAAAGUUUUUCCAAACGCAGCUUACGCCUAUAUAGUAACUUUAGUGUGAUUUGACUGCGCUGCGCUUCAGUCGUAGAGUCGUACGAACUAACGCUUUUCUCGCUCGGAACUCGAGGCAAACACACGUCCGCCCGCCCUGUAACUGACCAUUGCAUAAAGUUUCGCCGCGCUCAAGUGAAAACUUAUUAAUUAGGAGAUUAUUUGUGCUUUUAUUGUGUUUUGUGACUUAUUUAGACUAAGUGUAUUUUAAAACUGUAAUUUAUACAUUUUCGUAGUGAGUACGGAUUUCGGCACAGUUGAUAAAUAAUUUUUCAAACUGGUGAGCCAAGGAUCAGAUGGCGCGCGCAUUCAAUGCGCCGACGCAUGUCCGCUGACUACCGCGGCCUUUCACGUUGCUUCCGACGCUAUGAUGAACGAUAUUUCAGCCAGCUCCUAUGCUGCCGAGGCACGCAGAAUGCAACUAUAUUCGCACCCUCAUGUCAGUCAUAGAGAGCUGUCGAUCCACGCCGUUCCUACCCACGACCUGCUGAAGCCCAAGGAGGAACCUCCAUAUAGUCUGGCCUCAUCAGAUCAUUGCACCGUUAACCUGUCUCAUACAAAUAAAAGGCUAGAGAGAGCCUGCAAUCACUAUGAAAGAGGGAACUCUCCGCUCAUCUCUAGAAUGAAGGCCAUACCAGCCGUGUCUACCACAUUGUCUGAUGCUAUAAGUCAUUCCGAACCGAAAGUAGACGCCACAUCAAGUUCCAGCUCGGGAAAUUCCGAAAAAUCCACCACAAAUUCAGAAGCAACGAAGCCGCCAUAUUCCUACGUUGCUCUGAUAACAAUGGCUAUACAAAAUAGCGAAACGAAAAAGGCGACUCUCAGCGAAAUCUACGCAUAUAUUACAAAGGAGUUUCCAUACUUUCAAAAGAACAAGAAAGGCUGGCAGAAUUCCAUUCGACACAACUUGAGUCUGAACGAAUGCUUCGUCAAAGUACCAAGAGAAGGCGGUGGCGAACGCAAAGGCAACUACUGGACUCUCGAUCCACAAUGCGGUGAUAUGUUUGAAAAUGGAAAUUUCCGACGGCGCCGCCGUAUGAAGAGACCCUUUCGUGGAACUCCUUAUGGCAAAGGACUGUAUGGUGAGGCUUACCACACGGGGCCAAUGGGCCAACCACACGUGCAGUCCCUUUCCAUAUCCGCGAAUUACUUCGGGCCUGGCACCUACUCAUCAUCUUAUCCACCAUUUGACUCGAGUUGGCUUAGUCAACCGACGUCUAGCUUGGGUUACGGAAGUACUUGCUCGCCACACUCCAACAUUCAACACCAGGCGUCGCCAUUCGGAUCGUAUAUCACUCAGCAAUUACAAGAACAGUUGCAGAGUCCGCUACAACCCAUUCCAAUAUCUAUGAAUACGCCGUAUUCAAUGAGUUUUCCGAGUUUUGAUUCAUCACCAAAUUCCGCUCCAUCGUAUACGACGGGUGACAAUCAUCCAAUGUCUCAUCACGAUGUUAGCGGCGGUGAUGGCCCUGCUCAUUACUGGGUGACAGAUUCCAACGCCAGUCAUCCUAGGACAUAUGAGCAUCCGAGCACGGUGCGUCCUGCCUCGCAUGAUGAAGGCAUUGACAUGGCCGAAUCGGCUGCCAGAUAUCUGCUAUGGUCUGAUGUGGGAAAGGAUGAUUCUUUAACGUUCCCUACUGGUGAGACCUAAUUUAAAGGACUAAGAGGGAAUUAAAGCGAUUUAUUAAAGGCCCACCGUCAACAGGAUAUAUUAAUAUUUCAUAGAUGUCAUUAUCGAAUGAAAAUUCUUUAGAAUUUUGUCCGUCAAUACCGUUGUCUAAUUAUUGAGAUCAUGGGGCAUGCUUAAUAUAAAUAGCUAAUUUCCAAAUGAUUAAAAAAUGUAGUUGAUGUGUUAUAACGACUGCUUUAUAUGUAAAAACACUUAUUUUAACAACUCCUAAUAACUAUCAUACAAUUUAGCCAAUGGGCUCAUUCUCUUAUUGUGAUUAGUGCUAAGAGACUAGAACUGUAUAAAACUCAUAAAAAAGGACUUUGUGUUUAAAGAAUUCAGGUUUAUAAAAAACAAUUGAAAUCAGUACUUAUAACUAAAGUACCCUCUCUUUCGUCCCUUUUCAAAUUGUGCGAAAAUCGCCAUGUAGCAUUUAAAAUGCAAAUUUAUAUGCUUAUAUGAUAUUAACCGACUUCUAGUUAAAGGUAUUCAAUUCAAUGUUUUUUUAUGAACUAUUUUCAUACAUUUAAACUUUGAAUUCUUGGUAUUACGAUUUAAUACCACUUAAAUACAAUAGUUAAUUAAUAUAAUUAUAAUGAAUUUUUGCUAAUACUACUGCGUUUAUUAUUCGAUUACAAAUACUAGACCUAAACGAAAACCAAAACGAAUUAUCUAUAAAAUCAAAUUAGUAAUGAAUUCCAAGCUUUUUUAUGUGAUGUGUAUUCGUAAGCGACAAUUUUUUAAUGCAUUUAUUGACGAAACAAAUUAUGGAAGUUGGAACAUUCGUGUUUUAUUUUUUUAAGAGCCUGCUUUUUUACGGUUCUAACGCUUUUUUAAUAUUGCUAAAUAAUAUAUCAUUCUCUAUACUAUACCGCGUAUUGUAGGAAUUCGACUUUUCUAAACAACGAUUUUUAUUUAUCGUUGAAGUGUGUACUCUUAAAAAAAUAAUCUAAUUGCAGACUUUUAACUAAGUAACCUUUCGUCUGAGAAUUCUUUAGUUAAAAUGCUAUAAUUUUAUGAAUUAGGGGUUUUUUAUCUAUAACUCGUUGUACAUAAUUUUAAAAGGCCAAACUGAUUAUCAGCGCCAUCUUUUAUCUUUACUGUGCUUUUGUAUACUCUCUAUAAUUUAUAUUUGAUCUAUUAAUAAAUGUAUAAAUGUGUUAAAAUAUUUUAAAACUAUUAAUAUUACGCUGUGUAUGAUUAAGACAUACAUUAUCUUCAAUUAUCUGAUAGUUCUACUAUUGUACCUAAUUUAUCAAGAUAACUGAUAGAUAAAUGAUUUUUUUCUACACAAAAAUCCGUCUAUCUUCUAUCACCGACUGAAAAAAAAGAAAGUAUUUUUGGAAAUUUUCUGUAACGUUCAGGGUAUAAAAUAAAUAUUAAAUUUAUAACUAUAUAUAUACUAUCAAAAUUCAUUUUACUAUCAAUUCAUUUAAUACAGAGUAACUUAAUUCAGAGCCGUAAUAGUUUUUUACAAUAUAUAAUUUAAUAUUUAAUGUUUUUAAUUAUGUGUGUUCCCGUUAGAUGGCGCCAGAUUCGCCUUGAAUUGGCUAUGAAAUAGUGAUAGUUCACUAGUGUCUUUAUUCUGAAUCUUACUCUGAGGUAUACAUUUAAAGAAAAUAUUCACCAUACUGGUAAUGUUUUAGUACAUAUUUUGCAUUACCUAUAGUAAAAAACUUCAACGUUACGUGGUUGUGGCGCCAUCUCCCUCGAAUAGUUAAAUGUUGUGUCAAACGUGUGUAAUGCAUCUGUCGUGUCGUGUACUAUACAUUAAUUGUACUAUUAUGAAGCAUUGAUCUUCAAUGCUAUUUAACUUUGGAAUACUUAACUAGAAAAUCCCGGGAAUCACGGCAUUAUUAAAAGUCUUGCGUGAUACUUUGAAAUCACGCUAGAUUAUUAUUAGGUAAAAACAUUUCUAUUGACAUUUUUAUUUAUUUAGAUGUCUUUAGUGUUAAGUUCAUUGGGUGUUUACCAGUGUUUCUAGAGUUCUAAGUUAGGUGUUGUGCAAGUAAAUUACGAAUAUUGACGUUCCUCCUUAUUUCAGAUUUUAUGAACCAUAGAUAUAAGUGUAUGUUGGAUAUCCUUAACUUGUGGAACUGUUUUAUCGAUAGCAUUUAUGUUAAUUUGUUUUUAUUUAUAGAUAUUUUAUUGUUAAUCUGUUGAACAGAUUAAAAUAUUCAAAUAAAUAAUA